AUGGGAGGAGCCCGUGCCAGUAACGGUGCGCCAAUGGUGGCGGGCACCGGAGACCGUGGCAACGAGGCCGGCGGCGGGCCGGGCGUCGUCCCAGCCAUGUGGAGCUGCGGGGGGCGCCGGCGGCGGCGCCUGCUGGGGGGGCUCUUCCUGCUGCUGCUGGCCGCCGUGGUGCUGCGCAGGUUUAACUUGAGCGAUAUUCUCCCUCUGGGGUUGAGGGGCAGAUCCCGGGGCUUGCAGGCUGAGGACUCAAAAUUCCUACUGGAGGGCAAGCCAUUUCGCAUUUUUAGUGGCUCGGUGCACUACUUCCGUGUCCCCCGAGAAUACUGGAAGGACCGACUGAUGAAGAUGAAGGCUUGCGGCUUGAACACCCUCACAACCUAUGUGCCGUGGAAUCUUCACGAGACAGAAAGAGGAAAGUUCGACUUCAGUGGAAACUUAGACCUGCAGACUUUCAUUAGGACAGCUGAAGAGGUUGGCCUGUGGGUAAUUCUACGUCCAGGACCUUAUAUCUGCUCGGAGUGGGACCUUGGUGGUCUGCCCAGCUGGUUGCUCCGAGACCCUAAGAUGCAGCUGAGGACAACCUACAAGGGCUUCAUGGAUGCUGUAUAUCAGUAUUUUGAUCAUCUGAUUCCAGAGGUGGUCCAUCUUCAGUUCAAGAAAGGAGGACCAAUCAUUGCCAUGCAAGUAGAGAAUGAAUAUGGCUCCUAUGCAGAAGACGAACAUUACAUGACACUUAUAGAAGAGGCCCUGGUGAAAAGGAAGGUGGUGGAGCUGUUGAUGACCUCUGACAAUAAAGAUGGACUGUCCUAUGGCUCGGUGGAAGGAGCUCUGGCCACUAUUAACUUUCAGAAGAUGGACCCAGAUAUCUUCCUCAGUCUUGAUAAGAUACAGCAAGGCAUGCCGAAGAUGGUGAUGGAAUACUGGACCGGCUGGUUUGAUAGCUGGGGAGGACCCCAUCAUAUCUUUGAUGCAGAAGAAAUGGUACAAACGGUCGAAGAGAUCAUCCGAGCAGGAGCAUCCCUUAAUCUCUACAUGUUCCACGGAGGCACAAACUUCGGGUUUUUGAAUGGCGCUGUGCAUUUUGAGCAGUACAAGCCAACCAUCUCCAGCUACGACUACGAUGCCGUGCUGACCGAAUCAGGAGACUACACCUCCAAGUACCUCAAACUACGCCAGCUUUUCACCAAAAUCAUGGGGACCACAGAGCCUCUUCCGCCCUUAGUGUUAAAUAAGGCAUCCUAUGGGGCAAUCCUGAUGGAGCAGUAUAUUUCCUUGUGGGACGUGCUGCCAUCUCUGGGGAAGCCUAUCAAGUCAGAACAUCCCAUAAACAUGGAGAACCUCCCAGUGAAUGAUGGCAAUGGACAGGCCUUUGGUUAUACGCUUUACGAGGUGGUCAUACCCGGCGGAGGAACGCUGCAUUCCCAAGGCCACAUACGGGACAGAGCACAGGUGUUUGUUAAUACUCUGUACAUUGGCUCCCUUGAUUAUACCACGCAGGAACUGUCAAUUCCUAAUGGACAGGGAUACAGGCAACUUCAGCUCCUCGUAGAGAACUGUGGGCGAGUUAACUAUGGGCCUAAGCUGAAUGAUCAGCGGAAAGGCAUAAUUGGGGACAUCUUUCUCAACAAUACCUCCUUGAGGAACUUCAAGAUUUACAGCCUGGAGAUGAAACCUAGCUUCAUAGAAAGCCUACAGAGCUCCUCUUUGUGGAGUGCCGUCCCAGACUCUGCGGUGGGCCCGGCGUUCUUCCGAGGAACCCUGCAAGUACAACAUAUGCCCGAGGACACCUUCUUGAAGCCGGAGGGCUGGGAGAAGGGAGUUGUGUUUGUCAACAGACGCAACCUCGGCCGCUACUGGGAGAUCGGUCCCCAGGAAACCCUCUAUCUCCCAGGAACAUGGCUCCAGCAGGGGCCCAAUGAGAUCAUCAUCUUUGAAGAGCGGGUUGCCGGCCGAUUCAUCCGGUCCAUGGAUUUGCCUUUCCUAGGAAGGAUCCAGUUUGUGAGCUGAGCUGGGGCAAAGCUCCCUGGCGACCCCCUUCCGCACAACACGUGGUUCCUUGAGCACUAGUUUGCGCAUUAGUCCUGAAAUGAAUUUGCAGGGUGGGUUCAGAGUUUCGAUGCAGGUGAAUCCUCUCUUCCUCUAGACCCAUGCGAAAGAUUUGCCCCUUGCCAAUGAAUAUCCUGGGUUUGGAAAGAGUGAAGGCUCAUCUUGUCAGUUAAUUUUGGGAGCUGAUUCUGAAUACCAGAAGUGCUGAAGUAACCAAGAUGAUUGAGAAUUUUUUUUUUCCAAUGAGGUUCAACUCUACUGCUUGUUCUGUUUCCUGAGCACAAGAUGCUGAGAAUCUUGCAAGGUAAUUCAUGUGCAAGGGCCCUCGGGAUCCACUGGAUCCAAGAAGCUGAUCUCAAAUGAUUUGACUGUAAUUGGACACCACCUUUUUGUGCUCCUGGAGAGGAAUGUUAUUUUUGGCACCUGCAAUAUUGUUGAACGUGGGUCCUACUCGGCUUUUGGGGCAAUUGAAGUCUUUUUUUACUGUGAUGAAAAGGGAAUGUCUUAUUUUCUUAGGUGCCUGGCUUGGUCAUUGGUUUGCCAGGCUAGGUAGGAAUGUAAUUUCUGCUUAAACCCACAGCUCAGGCCAUAGGCUCUUGAUGGUUAAAUGCAGGCACCCAAAGGGCUGCUGUACCUUUUCUCCGACAAAUAUCAGCGACAGGCAGAGAAGCCUGUGGAAGCAGGUGGAAGCUGCUCUUGAACAACGCAGAGGCAUCUUGUACAUUUGGGGCUGUACCUCAGCCUGACCUCCAGGUGCUCAGAACACUCUCGAGAAAGAGGCAUUCUGUCGGCAUACUAUCGCGAGCAGCUAACUGCGUGGAUUUUUUUUUAAACUGCCAUUGCACUGAGAACUUCGACUCGCCCACUACUUGCAGCUGCUGGAAAGGGUGUCUUUCCUACAUGCGAAGCAUCUGGUUGACUUUGAAAGCGAAGCGGAAAGUUCUCGCCAGGCCAUUUCUGACCAGUGAUGAAUGUACCGCAUGCGGCAGCGCGCACAGAGCCCCAGGAGGAGACCGAGGGACACUGGAGCUCCUUAGGUGCACCCAGGCAAAACGCAACACGCAUAGUCCUCACUGCUACCAGGACCUGGGAUCCUGUAGUCAUCUGUACUCUAUGCAGGGGAUAGACACCAACUGUUACCCUCUUCAUAAAGCUAUGGGAAACAUCGGAGCUUCUCUGCAUAUGGCCAAAGAGCAGGGCAAUAAAAUUCUGGACAUUAGCACUUGAAAGGAAAUGCAGUGGUGAAAGAAAGGGUCAUAUUUUUGAACACUGUCCCUGUAUGCAUUAACUAGGGGAGAAGCCAACUUGACUGUUCUCUCUUUGCUGCAUCAAAGGCGCUCCCUACAUUGGGAACCAUUACACACUGGAAGUGUGGCAGAAUGCAGAGUGGUGCGGUCUAGAAUUCAGCCUCGGACUGCAUCUCCUACAGCUGGGCAUCCAUCCUUCCUCUGCACAUUCCUCAGGUCUGCACAUUCUGCAUGUGGGGAGGGAUCCUCUGUGUGUUGUCGACCAAUCUCUCCCCAGUUCCUGGUGCUGUCCAGCAGGACUGAGGGCAGUACUGGCUACCUGGGAGUCAGUCUGAAGGAGGAAAUUCUGGGCCUUGCCAUCCCCUCCUCCAUUUUGAAAUAGUGAGGCUGUGAAGAUGGUGCGGGUGGCAAUGGAGGGAGGCCGUAUCUAUUCCUGGGCUGGAACACCAGGGCAGUUCCAGCAUGAGGGAGGCCGUUUGUAAAAGCAGCUUUUAGUUACUGGAGAGAAAGGGGAAGAAUCUGGAAAAGUAAAAGAAACCAUCUGCAUUCUGCCCGAGCUCUGCUUUUCUUCCCUUUUGAAAUCUUCCAAGAACUUGGUGGUUUUGCGUCAAGGUUUUAUUCAUGAACCCAAUGCUAGUGUGAGACCACCAGAAGCUGUGCUAGUGACCUUCUCCCCACCUGCUCAGAUAAGCCCUCCUGCCUCUAUCCUGUAACUGGCCGUCUCUUGCAGGCUUCCUCUCCCUUUCAUGAGAAAAUAAUUGCCCUUUGCAUCCGGGCUCCCCACUAUUGCUACAGCCAUUAUCCAAGGAGACCUUUUGCCACCAUCUUAGUGCAGUUCUGCUUCCCUUAGAGAAACCACCUGAUGACUAAUGCCACAAAAAAGAUCGAAGGACUUCUGGCCGUUAAAAACCAUAUUUAGUUUUAUUUAACAAAUUAAAUACAGUUGAAUUAAAACUUGAGAACAGACAGUGCAGCUGUAAAAAACAAAGCAACCCCCCUCCCAUCCUCCAUUUGGAUUGUGGGCUGCUGACCCACAGUUUUUCCACCCCCACCCCCUCCCUGCAUGGGCUCUCGGAGCCAAUGUGUUCCUGUUGCACUUAUGGCAAAGGCCUGGGGGCUUGAAGCCCACUUCCCAACACCUUUGCAGAAAACAAAGCACCUUUGCAGAAAAUGGGAAGUAUCCUUUUGAUGGAUUGGUUGCUUUUUCUCCAUGACUCACUGCAAUCUAGAAGGAUUAUUGUAAAUAAAAGAGGCAGACAUGCAAAUAGGAGUGGGUGGCCACUGGAAACAACUCUUGCAUUGUGAAAAUGAAAGAUAAACGAGCAAAUAUAUGCCUCUCAGUUCCUCUUUAUAAGCUCAAUCUGGGCCCCAUUUUUGAUGGCUCCAGGUGGGUAACAGCCUGCAUGAGAUGCUCUAGUCUUCCGACACCCAUGCUGUCAGAUUUGGAAUUUUAGUUGAAUUCCUCCCACCACCAAAAUAAAAGUGAGGACACAGUUUUUUGUAGUUGGAAACAAGAGCCUUACCAGUUUGAAGGCCUGUUUAUUUGUGUUUUUUUCCUAGUUGAUUGUUUUGAUAAAUAGUGCCAUAAGUGGACAAAAAUAAAAAUAGUCUUGUUAUUGUUA